UGCGCAGCGCCGGCCCCGCCGCGGCCGAGCGGGCUGAGCGGCGGCGGGAGCCUCCUCGGGGCCGGGCCGCCCCUCCCCGUCGCUGCCCGCCCCUGCGCGGCGGGCGGGAGGGCGGCAGCGCGCAGGCGGCGCGGGGGGCGCAGAGCGGCGCGGCGAGGCCGGAGCCGCCGGCGGCGCGAUGCCGGCGGCGGCGGGCGACGGGCUGCUGGGGGAGCCGGCGGCGGUGGCGGGCGGCGGCGGCGAGGCGCGGCGGGCGGCGGCGGCGGCGGGCGGCGAGGGGAGUUUCCUGGCCGCCUGGCUGGGCGCGGCGGCGGCGGCGCCCCGGGAGCGGCUCCGCGACUUCCAGCACACCAAGCGCGUCGGCAGCUACCUGAUCGGGCGGAAGCUGGGCGAGGGCUCCUUCGCCAAGGUCCGCGAGGGGCUGCACGUGCUCACCGGGGAGAAGGUGGCAGUGAAAGUAAUUGACAAGAAAAGAGCCAAAAAGGACACCUAUGUCACCAAGAAUCUGCGACGGGAAGGGCAGAUCCAGCAAAUGAUUCGCCACCCCAAUAUUGCUCAGCUGCUGGAUAUACUGGAAACUGAAAACAGCUACUACCUUGUCAUGGAGCUGUGCCCUGGUGGCAACUUGAUGCACAAGAUCUAUGAGAAAAAAAGACUUGAAGAGCAUGAAGCACGCAAAUAUAUUAGGCAGCUUAUUCUGGCAGUAGAGCAUCUUCAUCGGGCAGGAGUGGUUCACAGAGACUUGAAGAUAGAAAAUCUGUUGCUAGAUGAAGACAACAAUAUCAAGCUUAUUGACUUUGGCUUGAGCAACUGUGCGGGCAUCUUGGGUUACUCUGAUCCGUUCAGCACCCAGUGUGGGAGCCCAGCAUAUGCAGCCCCUGAACUUCUGGCAAGGAAAAAGUACGGGCCGAAAAUAGAUGUUUGGUCCAUCAGUGGGUCAUCCGUUCACGUCAAGGAUGAAGUUACCAGCACUGUGGGAUGCAGGCACUCUUACUGGGACUGGAAUGCAGACAAACAGCACAGCCAUCCUUCUAAGCCAUUCAACCUUUUCCAUGGCGUAAACAUGUAUGCAAUGUUGACUGGAACGUUACCUUUUACUGUGGAGCCGUUCAGCUUGAGAGCUUUAUACCAGAAAAUGGUGGACAAAGAAAUGAACCCGUUUCCCACUCAGCUCUCCACAGCGGCCAUAAACUUUCUACGAUCUCUACUAGAGCCAGAUCCGGCAAAGAGACCAAACAUCCAACAGGCGCUUGCAAAUCGCUGGCUUAAUGAGAAUUACCCUGGAAGAGCACCACCUAACGUAACGUAUCCAAACAGGAUUCACCUCGAGGACCUCAGCCAAAGUGUGCUGCUCCAUAUGACCGAGAAGCUCGGCUACAAGAACAGUGAUGUAAUCAACACGGUGCUCUCCAACCGCGCAAGCCACACACUCGCCAUCUACUUUCUGCUGAAUAAGAAGCUGGAACGCUACUUGGCAAGCCUGAGGAAGUCUGAAGGCCAGGACAAUAUUUGCCACAAGAACCAACUGUACCAGAUAGAAAAAUACAAGGCAAAUAAAGACUCCUAUGAGGACAAAAAACUCAAAGAACAAGAAAAGAAAGGGGAGAUUCUUCACCGUCCACCCCCAAAGAAAACUGAGAAAAGUCCAGUUUCAUAUAGACAGCCUUCUUCCUGUCUUAUCUCACAGAUACAGAACACCAAGGCACUGCUGAGGGACCGAAAAAUCACCAAGGCUGGAGGUCUGGAGAAAGACUCCCCUGGUGGGUUAAGCCCUUUCCACGAACCCGUGGCAACCAAGAUGGGCUGCGUCACUUCCAGUUCCCUGGAAUAUCUUGAAAUCCAGCAGCCGCUUCCACGAACCCCCCGACUCCUCAAGAGACAGGAUUCCCCGCAGCAGGAGCCCGCGAGGAUCGGUGGCCAGGCAAAGGACUCUCCUCUGAUUCUCAAUAUUGUUCAUUCUUUUGAAUCUGUUGACAGAGAGGACCAAAUAGACCAAGUUUCCCCCUCUCAUCAGUACCGAAUUUUAGGUUCACCAAUAAAUUUUCCUUAUAAAAGCUCAAGUGAAAGGACACUGUCCCCGCUUUUUCAGCCAGGAAGUACAUCCCCUGCCAGAAGCCCUGUUCACCCCACCCAGGUCUCCUUCACGUACGACGAGAAAGUGAAUCCAGCGAGAGACGAGGCCGUGUCCCCCACUCAGCUGGUUCCCAAUAAUCCCUUGGGCAGCCCUAACUGUGUUAAAAGCCGAGGCAGGUUCCCCAUGAUGGGGAUCGGACAGAUGCUGCGGAAGAGGAACCAGACCAUGCAGUCAGCCAGCGACAAGCCGCUGGAAACGAGAAUGCCGCAGCUGCAGCAGAUGAGCCCCACGCAGAUUUCCUUCAACGCAGCAGAUGCCGUCAAUGGCCAGUGUUAAUCUGAUGUGCCAGGUUUUGUGCUGCCGCUGUCUGGCACCUAACCUUUUCUAUUUUGAAGAAGAAGGGAAAGCCACAGGCAUGUUGCUGUCACUACAUGGUAUACCUACAGUGGUCCAACUUAGAAAAUCAGAGGUCCACUUGUAAGGAAGGGUUUGUCCUACGUAUUAAAGUUGAUAGAAAAGGGCCCUGCUUGUGCUGUUAAGGAAUAUUAGCAUUUGGCAUUUGACUGUACAGUGAAACAUGUCUCAAAAGAGCUACACGAAUAUGUAUUUUCCCUGCUCUGAAGUAGUAUUGCAAUAAGGUUCGUUGGAAGCACAGCGAGCAUUAACAACAGCUUGAUUCAGCAAUGUAAUGCGCAUGGUGCCAUGAAUGCUGGUCCCAUCCAGGACCUGUGGUAAGACUGCCCUUGCUCCAUGUCUGUGCCGUACAGUGUACUGUACUGUCACAGGCAUUCACAUGACUCAAGAAGUGGAAGAACUCAAAAUACUAUUUCCAAAAUCAGCUUGCUACAAGCACUACCAAGAAGAAAAAGGAAGUUUGUGGAAGCUUGAAUAGUGACAUGGGUUUUCUAAACAUUCAGAGAAAGUGGGAGUAUUGAAAUUCAAAGCAGAUUUUACUGUUAAGUACACAAAGUAGCUAAUAAUGGAAUCAUUUUUUUCUUAAAGAAAAUGAUGAUUUAAUAGGUGAUGUCACUCAAAAGAAACAUAAUUAUUUAAAAACAAGUUUCAUCAAAUGGAAAUCUACCCCACUAAUAGCCUGUCCCUUUCGUAUAUAAUGGCUUUGCAAGUGGAUGCUUUAAACAGUAAUCCAGAUUGCAAUAUGCUGUGUUUAAACAAUCCAGUCACCUCCAAUUUUUGUAGCUGUACUAGUUCCAUGGCACUGUUACGUGCAGGAUUGUCUUAGCCCCUAUUAUUAGCAAAACAGCAUUGGACAUACUUGAAGGCUUUUCUGAGAGACUGCAGUGAAUUAAAAAGACUAAUAAAGGACACAUGAACCAGUACCAAUGCCAUUUUAUACUGCAAGGAUGCUAAUGCAGUAGUUACCAAAAAUUAAGUAUUGUUAUGAGCUGUGAAUAUUGACUUUCUUAAAAGGCAACAUGUUCUACAUACUGGUCUUGUUUUUCUAAGUAAAUCAUACAUCCGAGAAGCUGGCAACAUUUUUUGGUUCUGUUUUUGUGUUUAAACUGUCUCCUAUAAAUUAGAAGGUUUAGCCAAAGACUACCCUCUUCGUCUGUCCAUAUUGUGCUUGCGUAUGUGUUUGUGUACAUGGGAAAUCUCGACGAUGCUUCCACUAAUCUGUUUUCCAAGUGGGUAGCCCUUGGCCUGUAUAUUCCACUGCAGCCCACCCACUUAAUGUCAUUUCGAAAAAUGAGUCAGCAGAGGCAUUGUCCUCAGGGAUUGUUAAUGGAAUAUAGGAAUUUUGCGUCAAGAUCAUCUGUAGGAAUCCAAGUCCUAUUUUUAUCAAUAUUAUUGAAAAUAAUUUUGUGGCCCCAUUGCUAUGGUUUCUGUACAAAUACUAAGAGUUUCCCCGUUCCCCUUCCAAUUUCACGAUAUACAAAGAUUACGGGAGGAAGAAAGCUAGCACAGGCAGGUGAAAAGUUUACCAACAGAGCCCCUAGUUGAGUGCGUAUCUCCUGAUUCCCAGGUUAGCACAGGCCUUUUGCUGAAAUUUGCAAGAAAUAAAUUGGAGAUUAAUCGAAAUACUAGCAGAACAGAUAACUCGUUUUGACUGCUUGCUGCUGAAACCAGCAGAGAGUCUGGGCUGAAUGGCCCAGAGAGUGCAUGCCCAGAGUGCCCUCCUCAUCCCUACAGCUGGGACCUUCAGCACUCAAGCUGCUAGGCAGUUCAGGAUGGAGGAGUUCAUAUGCUUCUUACUGUACUCUUCAGCGUACUCAAAUACCUCCUUCUGGGGUUGUUAAGCCACCAAUAGAAUUAUAUACCUAUAAAAUCCCGAUAUAGUAAGAAUGACAGCCCUAAAAUACUUUAACUGAUUUGGGGGUUGAAAAAUGUCAUAUUCUAUUUGUACAGAGGUCCAUUUUAGCUCUUCCUUUUGUGUGAAAACAUCAAAGUACUUCUUUUUGUUCACGCUAAGAACAUGUUUGCAUUGUAAAGCUAGUGAGUGAGGACAACUGAAAUACCGUGCAUGCAUCAGACUUGAAUAGAUGGCAGGUACUGACUUGAAUUACAAGCUCAGGUUUAUUUGAAACCCAAUAAAAGGUUGGGGGAGGCAGGAAAGAGACAUGUAUUUCUUUGUAAAAGAGUCAGAGUGAAAACAGAAAUGUUAACUCUUUUAUUAUAUUUAUAGAGAAUAUGUGAGUGCUACACUGCUAAACCAUAAACAUGUAUCCAGCUUAGACAGCAGCUGUGGACAGGCAAACUGCAGUGACCAUAUAAGGGGCUUACUGAAAUAUAGUAGUGUAAAUUCCAGGGGAAAAAUUGUACUUGUUAUCAUUAUUAAAUAUAUGUACUUUUUAAAUGAGA